CUGGUCCCACCUGUUAUUUGGACCGUGUGGUGGGUUUUUUAGUUCCUAGAGCCGGAAAAAUUAACAGGCUCAACGGAGUUAAACCUAAUUCAGCUCUGUUUCAUCACAAGGACAGUAUUUUAAUAUUGAGUCAUGGCGGUGAACACAGGCACGUCUCUAGUGCUGUCCAGUCUGCUGUCAGUGCUGGUAUUCGCUGGGAUGCAGAUGUUCAGUAAGCAGCUGGGAUCUACUGAGUGGCUCACCAUCCUGGGAGGUUUCCUGGGCUCAGUCCUCUUCAUUUGCUCCCUUACUGCAUUUAAUAAUUUGGAAAACCUGAUCUUCGGGAAGGGAUUCCAAGCCAAAAUAUUCCCAGAGAUUCUGUUGUGCCUGUGCCUGUCACUGUUUGCCUCUGGUCUGGUACACCGUGUCUGUGUCACCACAUGCCUGAUAUUCUCCCUCUUCGCACUGUACUACAUCAACAAAGUGUCUGCCGCCCUCUACCAAGCAGCUGUCCCUGCAGUAACACCAGCCAAGGCUGCCAGCAAGGGCAAAAGGAAGAAUUGAUGAAUCUGUUGGAUCCCACUUGCAUCCAGUUACUCAGUCAAUAUUACCCAGGUGCUGAUGGCUAGAGCAACACAGCACUUGCAUAUUUUUUCACAUAAGAGAUUGGGAAUAUUACUUUGAAAGUGCUGAUCAGUUAAGUGGAUACAAGUUUGUAACCAUUAUAAUGAUUUUUUUUACAGUGAUCUUGACUUUGAAUUACAGAGAAAUAUCCCUGAACAUAAAAAAAAUACCCUUAACAGCUUUCUACAUUCCAUUGACAACUGUUUCCUCAGCACUCUUUAUAACUGGUUGCAAAGAGAUUCAUACAUCCCAUGAUUUGUGCAUUCAUCGACACAUGAAAUUGCUUUUUCGUUUGGUUCAUUUUCUAAUUAAACUCCAUAAAAGUC